CUCACAUUCGGCAAGUCUACAGUCACCCAACAUGAAUUAUCGUGGCGUUGUAUACGAUGUUGGCCUUCACUUCACCGCAGACGGCCCGUCUGUGGAGCCGUUCGAUCCCAAACUCGUGGCCCACGACCUGAAAGUCAUCGCUAGCGACCUCCACGCCAACGCUGUCGGCAUCGAAGGCGAAUCCAUCCAGCGGCUCGCGGACGCCGCACGUAUCGCCCACUCACUGGGCCUCGCCGUGCGAACGUACCUUGCCGAAGCAGCGCAAGCCGCCGAAGACCUUCGUGAAGAAGGAUUGGACAUCGUUUUUGUUUCGCAGUGCGAGUAUACCAUCUUCAACGAGGGUGUAUUUCCUGGCAGGAACCUGAACCUGAUGGAGCGGGUCAAGUGGCUGAGCGAGCAAAUGAAGGAAACAUCCGAUGGUCUCAGCAUCUCCGAUUCACUACGCGAGGCUUGUUCAAAGCUCAACGGCAUUCUAAGGUCGUUUUUGGAAGUGAUUCGCCCCGUAUUUCACGGCCGAGUGACGUAUUCAGCAGGAAUCUGGGAAGUCGUGGACUGGACACCCUUUGAUAUUGUUGGCGUCGAUCACUAUCGUCAGGGUGAGAGCGAGAGCAACUAUCUCAAGGGGUUGGAAAGGCAUCGUUGCGAGAAGCCGCUUGCUGUCAUGGAGUUCGGGUGCUGCGCGUAUGAAGGCGCUGCACCACUCGGAGCCGGCGGCUUCAUGCCUCUUCAAGGAACCAACCCAGACGAUACCGGAAACUUUGCGGGGGGCAUAGUACCGAAGUAUUCAGAAACGGAGCAGGCUGAUUACGUCGAGGCAGUCAUCAGGCUGCUCGCCGGGGCGAAGGUGGACGCUAUGUUCGUUUAUGUCUUCUCGUUCCCUACGUAUCGUGCCGGAGAGGGUACGCGGAACUUGGACAUGAUGUCGUUCUCGUUAGUCAAGACGUGGCCGGAAACGGACGAAAGGUCCAAAGAAAUGCCACCGUGGGCACCGAAGGAGGCGUUUGGGAGAGUGGCUACUGCCUACAAGCAGCUUGGUAAUUCCUAA